GGUCACACUACUGCAAUUUCUCAAAAUCAAAUGAAAUAUUUAAAUUAGAUAAGGCCUAUCAGCAUUUGGAGAUGGAAUUCGCACCCACUACAAAAAUCUACAAUAUUAGCAUAGGUCAGCAGCCCCAAAUUUUGCAGAUAACAUAACGCAACCCAGACACACGCUUCAAAACCGCACGUGCGUUCGAACCGGCCAAGAGCUGACGACUUUCCUGGUUUCGUUUACGUAAAUAGUUGCAAACACGCCAUGACGGAGCUCGUAACACAGCAGAAGGCCAAUCCCGUGAAAUCCUUCAUUGCCGGAGGCUUUGGCGGCAUGUGCAAUGUCAUCACCGGCCAUCCACUCGACACAAUUAAGGUUCGUCUCCAGACAAUGCCACUGGCGGCGCCUGGCCAGUCGCCCAGAUACAAGGGCGUCAUCGACUGUGCCGUGAAAACGUUUCGCCAGGAGGGACUCCGUGGCUUCUACAGAGGAAUUUCCGCACCCCUUGUUGGAGUUACUCCCAUUUACGCCGUGGACUUUGCUGUCUAUGCGGCGGGCAAGCGUCUGUUCCAAACGGAUGACCAUAUACGCCUCACCUAUCCACAAAUAUUUGCCGCCGGAGCCUUUGCUGGUGUGUGUUCCGCCUUGGUUACGGUGCCCACGGAUCGGAUUAAGGUCCUGCUGCAGACGCAGACUGUGGGUGGUGGUCCUCUGCUGUACAAUGGGACGCUGGACACAGCUGUGAAGCUGUACCGGCAGGGCGGAUUCAGGAGUCUCUUCAAGGGAACAUGUGCCUGCAUUUUGAGAGAUUCCCCCACUGGCUUCUAUUUCGUGACCUACGAAUUCCUUCAGGAUUUGGCAAGACGUAAAUCAAAAACAGGACAAAUUAGCACCACCUCAACCAUUUUAGCUGGCGGCACGUCUGGCAUUGUGUUUUGGACUUUGGCCGUGCCCUUCGAUGUACUCAAGAGCCGUCUACAGUCGGCACCGGAGGGCACCUAUAAGCACGGCAUACGCAGUGUUUUCAGGGAUCUCAUGGCCACCGAAGGUCCUACAGCGCUAUUUCGUGGUGUCCUGCCCAUACUCCUGCGUGCCUUUCCAGCCACAGCAGCGGUUUUCUUUGGCGUGGAAUUAGCCAACGAUUUCUUGAAUUAAUAGGCAAAUGAUAUUAGUUAUUAAGAGAGAGAGGCUAUUGUUAGUAGUUAAUAAAUAAUUGUAACAAAGUGAA